ACAAAAACAAAACAAAAAAACCCCCAAAAAACCCCAAAAUGAAAUGCUAAUACCUGCCUCACAGGAGGAGGCUCUGAUGAAAUAAUGCACAUAAAACACAUAGCUCCCUGUUUGGGCACAAGGUAACUUCCAGUAAAUGCUGCUGUCAAGGGGCUACCAUUCAGCUGGGGGCACCAUACGCAUCAGACAGCGUAUGGUGUCUAAAGAAGGGGCUGGAAAUCUGAAUACUGGACUUACCGGCAUGAUUCUUAACCUCUUUGUGUCUGUGUCACUCCACUAUUAUAUAAGGAUUAUUUUUCUUAAAUGUGAAAUGGCCCAAAUAAUACUUAACUCACAGGACUGUUGUGCAAUAAAUGAGAGACAAUUGGAUGUGGAAGUGCUGUCUAGAACACAAAGUACUGGCUCUGAGAUAUCUGUGAUGGGAUGAUGAACAUGUGGCGUGCACUAGCAAGAGCACUGGGUUAAGAGCCAGUAGCCUUGGCUCUAGUUCUGGAUUUUCCUCUGAUUUGCUGUGUGGCCUGGGGAAGAUCCCUUCCCCUCUCUGAGUUUCCUCAUUUACAAAUGCCCUCAGUGAGAUCCCGUCAUUUGGGACAUUGUGAUUCUGCCUUGGGUUGAUGCAAAAUGAAUGGAUGGAGUUGACUGCAAGGGUUCCAGGACGGGGUUCCCAAGGGGAGUCAGCACCGAGGGUGGUCAGGACCACCUGGAAAGCCACCCACCCACCCUCAGACCACCCCAGACUUCUGGCUAGGAGCCACUAGAGGUCCAUGGAACAGAUCUUGAUGUUGAUGGUCAACAUAUCUUCUCUGGGUCCAUGAAAAUCUGCCUUAUUUUCUUUCAGACUCCCAGAUGAGAAGCUCCCACACCUCCUCCCACUGUCAGGGCCAGAUCACAGGCUGGAAGGGAGCUCUGGCUGGGCUCUUGGGAGCUUUAAGGAUAAGGGGACUGGAGGGCUAUGCAGACAGACAGGAAGUAGGAAUUAGAAGGGAAAAAAUGCUCAGUGUGGAGCAAGAAGACAUAGAUGUUCUGCUCGCUUCACUCCUUAGCAGCUGUGUGGGCUGGGCAAGCUGCUUUAGCUCUCUGAGGCUCAGCAUCCUCAUCUGUGACAUGGGGCUUUUGUAAGCUCAGAGGAGGGAAUUAUACCCAUUGGUGCCAAGAAAACUGUAAAGUGAGGUUUGCCUGUGAAAUACAGGGGAGGGGAGGUCAGAGAAAAACUGACCUGGGACUGGAAAGAGGGAUGGCAGAGCUGCCUUGCCCUGAAAUGGGUGCGUCAGCCUCCAACAGAUGGUCCCAGAGGAGGGAUCAGGCUGAGAGGCAGUGACGUGUGCAAGGCUAACCCAAUACCCCAAGAGACGCUUUAUCCAGCUGGGGGGGAACAAAGGCCGAGUUUCUUAGUGUACCUUGGCUCUUGGGGCUUGUCCCCAGUGAACCAGGGAGGCUUUGUAAACAAGCUGCCCUAAAGAUCUCAGGAUCUGGCCAUCUGAGCCCUGGACCUCGCUUGCCGGUCUCUCCCUCCCAGGAGCUAUUACAGGCCUCUCACUAUUAUAGUUCUGCUUGUCCAGAUAUUUGGGUGAGAGAUAUCCUUUUCCAUAUGUGGCUGGACAAAGCUAGGGCAGAGCAAUAGGGUUUGACAAAUGCUAUCUGGUCUCUUCUGCAACCUUCUGUCUUUGAGCAGUUGAUGAAAAUGAUCCAACCUCAAAUGCCAAGGGUAGUCUCAUGGGCUGGGAUCCUUCUGCGUCUCCCCAUCGGAGCUGAGCCGAGUGUGGAGGGCUGGGGCCGGGCUGAGGGUGCCAGCACCGGCCCUACCACAGAAGCAGAGGCGUUUGUUGGCCAAAUGAGUGAUGCCUCAGCGGGUCUCGGCAAAUCCUCACCAUUCUAAGAGAGCUUCUGGAGCAGAAACGUUAAGAGGCCAGAUGGCCAGGCCGCUGUCCACCCCCAGCCCUUCGCAGAUGCAAGCCAGGAAGAAACGCAGAGGGAUCAUAGAGAAACGGCGCCGAGACCGCAUCAACAGCAGCCUUUCUGAAUUGCGACGCUUGGUCCCCACCGCCUUUGAGAAACAGGGCUCUUCCAAGCUGGAGAAAGCUGAGGUGUUGCAGAUGACAGUGGAUCACUUGAAAAUGCUCCAUGCCACUGGUGGGACAGGAUUCUUUGAUGCCCGAGCCCUGGCAGUUGACUUCCGGAGCAUUGGUUUUCGGGAGUGCCUCACCGAGGUCAUCAGGUACCUGGGGGUCCUGGAAGGACCCAGCAGCCGUGCAGACCCCGUCCGGAUUCGCCUUCUCUCCCACCUCAACAGCUAUGCAGCUGAGAUGGAGCCUUCGCCCACACCCACCGGCCCCCUGGCCUUCCCUGCCUGGCCCUGGUCUUUCUUCCAUAGCUGCCCGGGGCUGCCAGCCCUGAGCAGCCAGCUCGCCAUCCUGGGAAGGGUGCCCGGCUCUGUCCUCCCUGGCGCCACCUCUCCCACUUACCCCAUCCCAGCCCUCCGAUCCACUCCCAUUCGCAGAGCCACUGGCACCAUCCUGACACCCCGGAGAAAUUUGCUGGCCAGUCGAGGAGCAUCUUCCGCCAGGAGGGCCCGCCCCCCAGAGAGGCCAGCCGCCCCUGUGCCCGUGGCUCCCAGCAGCAGGGCUGCCAGGAGCAGCCACCUCGCUCCCCUCCUGCAGUCUUCCUCCCCCACACCGCCUGGUGCUGUAGGGUCCACUGCUUAUGUGGCUGUUCCCGCCACCAGCCCAUCCUCCCCAGGGCCAGCUGGGAGGCCGGCAGGGGCCAUGCUUUACCGCUCCUGGGUCUCCGAAAUCACUGAAAUUGGGGCUUUCUGAGCUGGCCCCCACCUGCACCCCCAGGAAUGAGGAAGAUUCUUUUUCCAGGAGCUCUAAAAGCGCACUGCCUUUUCUCCUUUGCUUCGCGGACUGGCUCAUAGGUGAAGGCACUGCACCAGCCACCAGAGGCCCCCUCCUCCUCUGGCCCUCUGCCUUCCUCACUGCUCACCCCAGCUCAUCCACCCAGCUCUCCUGGACAUGUUUUGAUCUCAAAGGCUUGGUCCCAUCUCUCACCUGCACAGAUAAGUCCUGGAGCUGUGCCUGGACCCCCCUCUUGCCCAGGACACGUGGGGCAGUAGGCCUGAAUCUUAGGUCUGGGAACGAAGCUUUAACCUAAAGAGCACCAGGGCCCGAGGCAGGCUGCUUCCCUGGAGGGGCAAGACCCCAGUUAGGAGUAAUGACUGACCGGCUGCAGCCUUCCCAGGCUGAGGGCGUGGGACAGUGUCUGCCUCACUUCCUGCAGCAGGGGCCAUGAAGAGGUCUCCUGGGGACCCUGUCUGCCCUGCCUACCUGCCUUUGGCCCACCCCAUCGCAUUGAACCACAGGACAGACUCGUUCUCCGCUACGGCCAGAGCCUGGAGAUUGUGGGCUGAGUGGGGCCUGCUCCCACCCUCGUCCCAGACCCCCCUCCCCACAGCUGACUAACGGGUCCCUGCACACAACUGGCUGGACAAGCCUGCCUGGGAAGUUUCCAGGCAGCGGCAAAACCCUGUGACAGAGUGUUCUGACGCCAGACCUCGACAGCUCUUGCAGAUCGGAGCCAGGGUUUAGCAAUGGAGCACCCAGCUCCCUGCCUCCCGCAGUCACCGUGCUCCAGGCAUCUGGUCCCUCCCGGCUGGGUGCGCAGUUUGGAGGGGUCGUGGCCCAUGCAGUGGCGCCCAGAGAGGAAUCCUCUUGGGAUUUGGCACCAGACGUCUGUGCUGCCUGGUUUGCAUCCAGCUCUCAGAGCCAGACUGCUCCAACAGCCAGGGGCUGUCGGGCUGGACAAAAAUAGCCGUGAGGAGGGGCAAGAGGAAGGACGACUCAAGGCGGCUCAGCCCUUCAAGGUCACACAGGGGGUCGAGGGCCUGAGAUCCUGUUCACCAGGGUUCCACACAGCUGGUGCUGCUCAGGGGCCAUUUCAUUACCCAGCUCCACCCUGGGCCACUUUCCUCUAAUAGGAAACCAAUGGCCCAGUGACCAUUCCCAGCACAAUAGCAGAGCCUGAACUGGCAGCCAGUGGAACCAGUGUUGCACUCCAGCUGACAGAAUGCAGAAACACUUCUUCACUCGUUGGUAAAUAUCUCCUCCCCCCGAGGGGACUCUGAGUAUCCCCCACCACCCACAUGUCCCUGAGGACCCCCCAACAUCUGGGUAAUGCCUGACGGAUCCAAGGCUAAGGGGUCCUCGAGCUGGCAAUUCACUAGUGCUCAUUCCCCGCUGGUUAUUAAACACUGCAGAUGUCAGCCCUGGGAAGAUUGUCCCACCCCCUGCCUUUGAUGGGACCACCCUCCCCAGAGGAGACUCAGUGGGCUCAAAAGUAGAGUUUGCAGAAACCCUGGGGAUAAAGGGCCCUUUCAGAGAAGUGGGUAAGAGGGCCGAGAUCAUUUGGGUGACCCAGAAAGCUCUUUUGAAAAUGCAGACUCCUCGAGGAGGGUUCAAGAGGUAAGUACUCCUUCCAUUUUCAGUUGGAUCAGAUUGCUGUCCUCCCAGACGCAUCUUAGGUGUGCAGCAGCGAGGAGAGAGGGCAUCAUUUCAGAGACUGGGUCAUUGGCGGGGGUGCUCCUGAGGGAGAGGGAGGGCAGGACAGUCACACAGGCCCCCAGGAGUGGGGACAGGGGGACAGAGGAGGUGACAGAGGCAAAGACCAGCCUUGCCUUUCUCACAGAGGGGCCCACUGGGGACAGGAAGAAGAACUGCUCCUCCUCCUCAUCUCGCACUGCUCUCUGGGUACAAGGGCCGUGCUGUAGCCCUGCAAUGUGGCAACUUCCUAGCCCGAGAAUCCAACGUUUUACUCCUAUUGGGACUGUGGGAACACACUUGCAUGCUGCAAGUCUCAACUCCGAAAGAAUCUGUUGACACCAUUGAAAUGAAGUGGGAAUGGCCCAGCCCUUUCAGCAUCUUAAUUGAUCUUGGGUUCAUUGUCCCCAAGAGAUUUUGGGGGAAACGUGACUGUGUAUUUGUUUCCAUGGCCGAGGACUUGCAUCUUCUGUUUCUAUCCCCAAGCCUCCCUGGUACCGCCACUCCCACCCUGUUGCAGGGGUUGUUGUUGCAGACAUCCAAUAAAGAUUUUUUAGUUCUUCUGGAAACCUC